GGAUCCCAUUGAAGCUCAAAGAUCCAGCCUCCAUAGAAGCCCCACAAGCAAGCUUCCAUCAACUUCUAUCCAUUUCUCUCUAUUAAUAUUUGUUGGAAAAUAUUGGAAUUUGAUUUCAUCAUCUUCAGUCUAACAAUUCAUAUACUCUAAUCCGUCUAUCUCUGCAAUCUAAUUGCAACAAGUUUUUGUUGCAAAUGUAAUGGGUCUCUUGCUGGUUUGUGCUGAUUUCAUUUGCCAAUUUACCACGUACUUCAUGUGAUAUGUUUCAUAAUUUAAUACUUAUUAUCAAUGAACUAGAAACUAUUGAUAUGAUGCAACCUGAUUAAGUCCUUGUAGCAAAAUGUUACCUUGCUGGGGUUGUUCCUCUUCAUUUUUAAAGUGUCCAUGUGUUUUCCGCACAAUUUAAUAAUUGUUAUGAAACAGAUGGAAACUGUUAACUCAUGCAUAUUUGUUGUGCUAUUAAAUUGAUAAAAUCAGGUGUUAAAGUUGUUAUUUCUUCUAUUGAUGGUAGACUUCAGUCAUUGGAUGCUUUAGAUAGAGAUGAAUGUGAAACUGCACUUGAAUCAUUGGGUCAUAUGGGAUCAUAUAUCCAGGGAGCUACAUUACUACUCUCAGGUUCAUCACCUGCUGCUCGACAUGUUAUAGAUGCUGCUUUUGAAGGACAAGGACCAACAGGGCAUGGCAGCAUUGCAUGCUCUAGGAAAUAUCUCGGGAAAAACCAGAUCCGAGAAUAGCAUCAUACUCAAUGCUGAAGCAGAAGUAAACCUGCGGCGCUUAAUUUAUGAAACAGCAUCCAGAAGCACAAAGCUGACUCCAUCGGGUCUUUUUCUGUCAGUACUGCAGCAGGAUUCAGAAAUGCGUCUAGCGGGCUAUAGAAUGCUAAGUGAAUUGGUUGCCCGACCAUGGUGCUUGAUGGAGAUAUGUUCAAAACAAGAGAUUAUAAAUAAAGUGACCGACCCAAGUACUGAAACCACAAAAAUAGGUAUGGAAGGCAGAUAUGACUGCUGCAAGGCAAUACACAAGUCAUUGACAGUGUCUAGUAGAGUUUCUGCUAAUCCAGCUUUUGCAGGAAUAGCUGCAAAGUUGCAGGAAGCUGUUGAAAUGGGUCCAUAUCUUAUUAAAAGGCAUGUUGAAGCUCAACCUGCUGUGAUGACGGCUGAUAGAUUUUAGUUUUCACAUCUGAGUGGUCAAGCAAUACCUAAUGGGGCAGAUUUUCUUUUCUUGUCCCCUUCAAAUACAGUGUGCAGUGCUAUAGAACAAAAACCUGUUCCCCCUCAAAUCUUGGAACUUGAUGGAAUGAGUAUAUUAAUCAUAGUUUUUUAGUGGAUUAUAUUUCAAUGGCUUUUGUCAA